AUGACAUUGUCCGAAGAGAGCUCUCCCAUCACGAAACAGUCUGAGGAAUGGACUGAAAAGGGUCUUGUCGCAGAAGCAGCACGCCAGCGUCAAUUUGAACAAGUCAAUGCUCGUCUGGGCAAGCUCGACUUUGAUGGCGUAGAGCCAGAACUUGGCCUUCACUUGUUGUCUCUCCAUUGGAACCGACAACACCAUUCGUUCCUCAUUACAUAUCGCCCGGCUUUUAUGCGGGACAUGGCUUGCAAUGGCCCAUACUUCUCGAAACUACUACUGAAUGCCAUAUACUUUAGUGCAGCAAAGUUCAGUCCACGGCACGAGCUGAGACGAGAACGCGAUAAUGUUCGUACCGCGGGUUGGCGGUUUCGUGAAAGAGUUCGGGAGCUUUUGGGUGGAGCACUCGACAGAAGUGACAUAACCACGAUCCAGGCUUUGUUGAUCAUGACCAAUUCACUCUUUGCGCUUGGCGACGAGCGCAGUGCUGCUUGGCUAUACGCCGGCUUAGCUUUUCGUAUGAUCGUUGAUCUAGGCAUGCAUGUGGAGUCGCCGAAGCUCACUAGCUAUCGUAAAUUCUCGGAUGAGGAUUCCGAGAUUCGAAGGCGUGUCUUCUGGGCUGCCUUUGAAGUGGUCGACAAGAUUCAGAGCCUGUACCAGGGCCGGCCUGUUACUAUCAAAGAAUCCGAUACUCUAGUACCUAUCAAGUUCCUCGACACUUUCGAAGAGUUUGAGCCCUGGACACCUCUUGCAUAUUCCACUCAACCAAGCGUGGCUUAUCCGGGUUCUCCAUCGUAUACGGUCUCUACAUUCCGAUAUUUUUGCGAGUUGUCGGUAAUCCUGAGUGACAUACUAAGCAGCAUCUACACAGAGAGAAGCUUUCAAAAUACCCCAGGAGAGCUUUCGGCCAAGCUAGAAACGAUCAAUGCAAGGCUGGCAAAGUGGUACGACACUCUACCUGGACAUCUUUCCGCUACUUCGCAGAAAGAAGAGAUAACCCCUCCACCACACGUACUGAACCUACAAGCCUUGUACCACGUUCUCGUAAUUCUUCUGCACCAUCCUUUCAUUACUGAUGGCCAUCAUUAUCACGCAUAUCGCAACAUCUCUGCAAAGUCUCUCAAGGCAUGCGCCACCGCCGCUAAUGCCAUCGUGCAGCUAGUACGAGCAUACGAUAAGGCCUUCAGUGUGAGGAGAGCUCCGUAUCUCAUCUCCUACGCAACGUAUAUGGCUGCAACAAUCUACGUGCGUAUCGCAGCAAAGAGGACUGCUGGAUCAGAUGCGCAUAGUAGUUUAGGGACUUGCCUGGCCGUGUUUAAUGAGAAUCAGCAGACCAACUCAGCAGUACGACGUGCCAAUGCACUGGUGCAGAACCUUAUGAAGAGACUUGGUGUGACGGUGCCGAACACCAGUCAAAUCCACAUCGACAAGAAUGUAGAAGACGGCGAACACCCUGACCAUAUGGCUGCGACUGAACAUGGGUCACUAAGCCAAGAGCCUGGCCUCCAGGGUCUCGACAUCGAUAGCAUCAUACAGAGCUUUGUCCGCGAAGCCGAGAGUCAGCAAGCAAACCGAACGACACUAGCUGGCUCUGUUGAUACAACGACGCAAUUGGACAGCGCCACUGUUGCGCCAGACAUGACAUCUUCCACUCAGCAAAACAACACUGGCGUAUUGCCGUACGACUACACUGCGACUUGGGGCCCUCCAGGCCAAAUUCAACCGCAGGGUGAGGGCAUGAUGUCUCUUGAUGAUCUAUUCUACGGCUUCAAUAGCUCUGCUCUGGACAGCUUUCCGGUUACACCCAUGCCAGGUUGGGAGACUUUAUGA